AUGGCCCACGCCUUAGUCCUUUCAUACGAUUUGUAUAAACAUAUGGAGGUGUACCGACCGCACAAGUCGAUAGAGCCGGAGUUGUGUCUCUUUCAUUCACAAGAAUAUAUAAAUUUUCUUUCUGCUGUCUCCCCGGAUAACUACAAAGAUUUCGCACUUCAAUUAAAAAGUUUUAAUGUAGGAGAGGCGACAGACUGCCCCGUCUUUGAUGGUCUCUUCACCUUCCAGCAGGCCUGUGCAGGGUUUAUAGUUAGUGGCGCUUCAAUCGACGCAGCAAAGAAGCUGAAUUAUCAGCAAGCAGAUAUUUGUGUGAAUUGGAGUGGGGGUCUGCACCAUGCAAAGCGUUCAGAAGCAUCGGGUUUUUGUUAUAUAAAUGAUAUAGUAUUAGGUAUAUUAGAGUUAUUAAAAUAUUAUGCGAGAGUAAUGUAUAUUGAUAUAGAUGUACACCACGGAGACGGGGUUGAAGAAGCUUUCUAUGUUUCUCAUAGAGUUAUGACAGUCUCUUUUCAUAAGUUCGGCGACUUCUUUCCCGGUACAGGGGAUAUAACAGAUGUAGGAGCGUCAAACGGUAAAUAUUAUGCUGUAAAUGUGCCUCUUAAUGAUGGUAUGGAUGAUGAUAGUUUUGUUGCAUUGUUUAAACCUAUUAUUACGCGAUGUAUUGAGGUGUAUAGACCUGGGGCUAUUGUUCUUCAGUGUGGUGCAGACUCAUUAACAGGAGAUAGAUUAGGAAAGUUUAAUUUAACUAUUAGAGGGCAUGCUGCAUGCGUUCAAUUUGUUAAAUCUUUUAAUAUACCUCUUCUUGUUCUUGGGGGUGGUGGUUAUACAAUAAGAAAUGUAUCAAGAUGCUGGGCUUAUGAAACUGCUGUUGUCUUAGAUAGGCAUAAGGAUCUUUCUCCUCAGAUACCGUUGAACGAUUACUAUGAUUAUUAUGCACCUGACUUUCAGUUGCAUUUAACCCCUGCUCCGCUUCCUAAUCUUAAUAGCGCUGACCAUCUUGAAAAGAUUAAGAAUAGAAUUCUUGAGAAUCUAAGCUUCUUAGAGCAUGCACCAGGUGUACAGUUUGCAUAUGUACCGGCAGAUUGCUUUGGUGAAGGAGAAGAUGAAGAUGAGACACAGCAGCUUCUUGUAGAGUGGGAGGGUGGGGGUCUUGCUGCCUCCAGCAGCAGCAGCAGCAGCAGCAGCAGCAGCAGCAGCAGCAGCAGCAGCAGCAGAGGGAUUGCUGCACUGACACCGCAGCAGCAAAUGCAGCAGCUUCAAAACCCUCUUCCUGGUGGCCGCCUACGUCGCAAAGAUUAUGCUGCAGACUUUGAAGAGUUUCCUGACCGAGACCAGAAGCUCCCACUAUAA